UCGCUCGUCAUGGAUGUGGCAGGUCUGCCGGAGCUUUUCUCCUGAGGACGACCCUGGCCUUAACCAUCAGAGCAGUAGACCGAGGCCAGAGGAGGCUACUCCGGGCCCCUUGUGUCACCGGACCACCUGCGCUCCUUCAGCCCCUGCUCCGCCGUCCCCUGUGCUGCCCGCCCCAGGCCGGAUACCGGCGCCCGGCUGGGGCCUCCUCGGGCCGCCGCUAACCAUGCCCCGGCUCCGGGGGGCGCUGCGCCAUCCAGCCGGUUACAGCUCCUGCCUGGGGGCGGCGCUGGCCCUGCUUCUGCUGCUGCUCCCCGCCGGCUGCCCAGUGGGCGCUCAGAAUGACACGGAGCCCAUCGUGCUGGAGGGCAAGUGCCUGGUGGUGUGCGACUCCAGCCCCUCGGGGGACGGUGCGGUCACCUCCUCCCUGGGCAUCUCCGUGCGCUCCGGAAGCGCCAAGGUGGCCUUCUCGGCCACUCGGAGCACCAACCACGAGCCGUCGGAGAUGAGCAAUCGCACCAUGACCAUCUACUUUGACCAGGUGUUAGUAAAUAUUGGCAACCAUUUCGAUCUCGCCUCCAGUAUAUUUGUAGCACCGAGAAAAGGGAUUUAUAGCUUCAGCUUCCACGUGGUAAAAGUGUACAACAGACAGACCAUCCAGGUCAGUUUAAUGCAGAACGGCUACCCAGUGAUCUCAGCGUUCGCAGGAGACCAAGAUGUGACCAGAGAAGCAGCCAGCAACGGGGUCCUACUGCUGAUGGAGAGAGAGGACAAAGUGCACCUCAAACUGGAGCGGGGCAACCUCAUGGGGGGCUGGAAGUACUCCACGUUCUCGGGCUUCUUGGUGUUCCCUCUAUAAAGGCAGAGCUGGGGCAGCAGGGGAGUUGCCCUCGGGACCCAGGAACCACCCUCCCUCAUCCCCCGGACUUGGCCAAACCAGGACGACUUGUUUCCAAAUUCCAUCAGACCGUCUCGGUAGAAGAAUGAUCUCCUUCCAAAUCUCCAGUAUUUUCUUUGACUGUUGACCAUUCCUCGGGAACCUGGCCUCUAAUUAGUUUUAGAUGACAAGGUCUUCAGGAGAAAUGGCAUUAUUGAUCUGAGCAAUUUGUACCUGUGAUUGUAAAGUCGAUCUGGGAUUUUACUGUGGGGACCACUGGCGUUUCUUCGUUUGUUUGGACGCCACAUCGCUGCCCUGCCCAGCCCUCGGAGCAGGAGUCCUUCAAGUCGCCCCCACGGCCGGCCUGAAAUGUGGUCUCCGUGUGUCUGUUCAGCCUUAAGAAAAAGGAUGG